AAAUAAUUCCAUGAAACAUUCGGCCACACGGGUUUUAUUAUCAAGUUAACCCGCCAUUGGAGUUGGAAACCACAUGCUCCAAACUGCUUUCUUCUCAUCUUGAUCUGGGUAUAUAAAACCCAUUACUCAAUUGCUCAUCAUGUACUCACAAAACCCAUCUUCUUAUGAAAAAUUCUCCACUUCGCAGCCACCAGCGUUCAGUCAAGAUACAACAACAACUGGGAUCCCAGUCACCUCAACAAGCCAGUUCUACAGUACUGAUGAUUCUAGAUCUUCUAUUGAACUCCGAUCCAAGAACAAAGGCCCUUGGUCAACUGGGUUGUGCGACUGCCAUGAUGAUUGGCGAAACUGCUGCAUAACGUUUUGGUGCCCCUGCGUCACAUUUGGCCAAAUUGCUGAAAUCGUCGACAAGGGAUCUUCGUCUUGUGGUGUAAAUGGAGCACUUUACGCACUGAUUUCAUGUGUUACUUGUUUUCCAUGUUGCUACUCAUGCUUCUACCGUGCAAAAAUGAGGCAGCAGUACUUGUUGAGGGAAACCCCUUGCGGGGACUGUCUGGUUCAUUGCUUCUGCGAGUGUUGUUCUCUGUGUCAAGAGUAUCGCGAGCUUAAAAGCCGUGGAUAUGAUUUGGCUAUGGGAUGGCAUGGCAAUGUGGAGAAAAAGAAUCGCAGCUCAGAGAUGGCUUCAGUGCCGCCAGUGGUUGAAGGGGGCAUGAGCCGAUAAGGGUGCCCCAGAUCUGGUUGUGCAAAACAAUGCGAUGCGUUAUCAUCAGUUCACAUCGUAAGAUCCCCUGUAGCUGUUUAAUAAACUACUUGACAGUGUUGGAGGCUUGGUGUAGUAUAAAAAUGAUACUCCCAGGUAUAUGGAAUAAAACCCAGUAAGCUGUCCAGUGCCAGGUGGCAUAUUUGUGAUCUUCAGUUGAUGCAUCGACGAAUUUAAUUUACUUGUCUGUAUUUUACCCUGGUCUUGUCCGUUUCAUGAAACUAUGUGGGCUUUUUUCUUUUAUAAUAUGGUGACUUGGGGUA